GUCGUUACCUUGUAAACAAGGGUUAGUUCUCAGUGAGGUGGUGAGCGGGAGGGUUCGUGAUUUUCGUUCGGUGUGACGUAGACUAAAGGCGAACAGUCCUGAGGAAGCGUGAUGGUGCUGGUGUGAGGUCAUUCAGGCGGCCGAGCUGACAUCCUCACCUGACCCUCACCUGCCUCACGCCCCGCCGCCACCAUGGCCUCCCCUCGCCGGAUCCUGCUGGCCGCGCUCACACUGCCCCUCCUUCUGCUAGCGGCGCAGACGGGUGCCAACUCCCCCCUUGAGGACCCCGAGUUGGACAUGCUGCUGGAGCCUUCCCCAGUGGCCGCCACCGCUGUAGCUGCCUCUGAGGACACCCGCCUCCUUCAGGACGUGUACGAGAACUCCGUGUCCAGGAAGACGGUGACGGAGGAGCCCCAACCAACGCGUGAGCAGGUGGAGGAGGUGGUGACGACUAGGACCCGCGGAGGGAAGAGAAGGAGGAACAGGAAGAAGAAAAAGGAGGAGGCUCGCGCUACUGAGGCCGCGGCUGUGACGACAACAACAGUGGCGGCGACGCUGACGGCGGAAGUGACCACUGGGCUGGAGAAGAUGGAGGCGGCUGAGGCUACAGCGACAGCCCAAGCCGGCGUGGAGGAGGAGCUGGUGGUGGACGCCCCGAGGAUCUCCUACAGCCGCGCCUGGGUCAACAAGUCGUACAAGGCGAAGGAGGAGUUCAACCCACGAGGCAUGGAGCACCUGUACCUCAUCACCAACAUGUUCCUCCACCUGGUGCACCGCGAGAGGGAGGUGCCCCGCGAGCUGGAAUCACUCGUGGCUCAGGAACUACAGCAGGUGGAUCUGGACAAGAAACAAGGGAUGCGCAUCGUGUCAGAACUGGAGGCAAACUGGGACGUCCUUUUGAUCCACUACAUCGGCCUGGUGGCGCUGGUGGUGCUGGGGGCCCUCAUAGUAGUAGUGAUGCCCCUCGCUGGCCUCUUCUUCGCCUGCUGCCGCUGUGCCGGGCGCUGUGGAGCUCAGGAACCGCAUUAUGAUAAGAAGAGGGACCCGUGCAAAAGAGCCACACUUGGAACUCUUCUCGCCAUCAUUGUUGUUGUCAUUCUGCUGGGGUUAGUGUGUUCUUUCGUGUCCAACACCCGCAUGGAGGAGGGCGUGCAGAGCCUACCCAAGUGGUCAGUCUCCGUGCACGACACCAAGCUCUUCUUCAACAACACAGACAACGAGGUGCAGAACUUGCUGGUGAGGAACUACAGGGAACUGGAGAGUGUUCUGUACAACAAGCUGGACAGUAGUGGAGAGCUGGUGAAGAGUGAACUGGCGAGGGUGACCAAGGCUGUUGCUAUUGACAACUUGACAGCCAUUGCCUCCAGCCUCUCAGUGAUCAAGCAGGACCUUGGGGAGAUCAAGAACACCACCAUCCAGCUGCAGGACCAGACCUCCAACCUGCGCAGCGGGCUGGAGGACGUGGCAUCACGGCUGAAGGAGCUGUACAACUCCUGUGAGUCUCUGCCUGAGUGCCGGCAGCUCAUCACCAAGUACGCCGACAAGCUCACUAUCAACAAUGAUUUUGACCAGUAUCUGAAGACCGAUGUUUUGCCUCAGCUACCAAAUGUCGAGUCAAAGCUGGAAGAAGUGUCAAGCUUGAUAGAGAGUGGCAUAGAGGUAGUGGUGAAGCGAGGGAAGCGUUCCUUUGACUCUAUAGCUACAGAGAUCCAGAAUAAGGUGCAGAGAUCAAUACCUGAGAUUAAGGCAAAGAUUGCAGAUGUAGGUGGCCAGUUGGAAGACGCUGCCGAGAAAAUCCACCGUUUCCUUCAGCCUGUUGAUCUGAGUGAGUCACAGGAACCCAACUCAUACCCUGAGGAGCCCAACACUUACCUGCGGCAGAUCAACACUUACCUGAGGGUGAUGCAGGAUGGGAUAAAUGAAUAUGCUAUGUACAGGUACUGGGGAUCCAUGGGGCUGUGCAUCCUGCUGCUGGUGAUCACGCUGUGCUUCACGCUGGGUGUGGUGUUCGGCUGCUGCGGCCGCCGCCCUGAUGAGGCGUCGUCAUGCCACAAGUCCACGGGGGCGUCCUGGCUCAUGUGUGGUGUCGGCCUCACGUUCCUGUUCUCUGCGGUGAUCAUGACUUGCACCACUGUCCUCUUUGUGGUGGGCAGUGCCAGUGAAAUCCUGGUGUGUGAUCCACUCAGGGACCCUAUGCACUCUGAGGUGUUCUCCAUCGCUGCCGACUUCUCAAACCUGGAGCACUUGUAUCCACCUGGCAAGGCACCAAAACUCACUGAAAUAAUCAGCAAGUGUCACAGAAACCUGAGCAUGCACACAGUACUUAGCUUGGACAAUAUUGAGAGUAAUCUGGCCAAGCUUCAAGACUACAAGAACAGACUCAACCUACAUGAAAAGAUUGCCCAGCUGAAGCGUGACAUUCGCGUCAACACAAAUGUGGAGAUCUUGUCCCAGAAUGCCAAGGAGCAGCUGUGGGACCUGGCCAACUCCUCUGUGGCUGACAAGGAUACCUGGACCUACUAUACUGACAUUUUGGAGAAGAAAGUGUUGACUAUAGAUCUGAUGGAGCUGGCAGCACUCCUCAACCAGACAGCUGGUGGUCACCACCAAGUGUCUGUUAAGCUCAAGAAUGGUGCAUUGUUCUUGGAGGGCCUCCAGCGUUGGGUGACAUCCAUCGGUUCCCUGACAAGGGACCUGAAGAGGACCACAGCUAGACUCAACGAGCACCUCAAGUUUAAUAAGACCAGCUUGCGGGAGGCAAUUGUCGACCUCAUCAGCCAGGCAGAGUUUGCUCAGUACUAUCUGCAGAUCAAUGGCUCCCAGGAGGUGACUGAGCUGGUGGAGAGGUUUUCUGAGGACUUCCUGGCUGAUGUGGAUGAGUAUGUGCACCAUGUACAGACGGCAGUGGAGAAUGAUGUGGGUCGAUGUGGCCCAGUGUCCACCAUCUACAAUGCCACCACCUCUGCUGUCUGCAAGGACAUCAUGUACCCCUUUAAUGGUUUUUGGGCUAGUGUUGGAUGGGUGUUCUUCUUCUUCAUCCCGGCAAUGAUCCUCGCUGUGCAUCUCUCAUCGCUGUACCGCAAGACGGAGCCGUACCCCGGACCCCUCAAUGAGUCCGAAUACUUGUAUGAUGCAUAUGAUGAGAGGAACAGCUUUCCUAUGUCCAACCAAGAAUCCAUGUAUGACGCAUAUGCUGAAAGGGACAACAUCCCCCUCACCACUAAGGCGAUGGAAAGGCGUGUCGUACUCGUCAGCAGUGCAUAUGACAAGAAGCAGAGGAGGCGUUCCCGCGAACACGAAGGUUACGUGAGCAGCAGCUACACUGCAGACCAGCCGUACAGCGGAUCACGAGCCUCGCCGCCUCGCAAUGAAUACAUCAACACCACUGACUGGGCAGACUACCCUCCCAGUGGCGGGCCCCCACGCUACACCAGUCAGCCCAGCCUCUCCCCAGAGUACGAGAGACCGCCUCCAUAUUAUUACCCCGGGCCUGGGCCGCAGUACUAUGGGGGACCUCCCCCGGGGACUGGGCCCGCUGCCGGGGGGAUGCAGGUUCACCCCCCCCCUCCAGGCAACCCCCCACCCGGGCCUCAAGGUCCUACAAACUUCAUCCAUGGCCCUGCCCCUUGGAACCCACAACAGCGCACCAUCAAUCUUGGCGGCUGGAAGAUCUCGCCGGCCUACUCUCGGGACGAAUAUGAUGCAUAGUGGCCAGGUGUUGGCCGGCUGUCUGCACCUGAGGCGUAGAGGAUCUCAGGACAGAGUCUGCGGUGCCCCCAAGUGUUCUGAUGGGUGGCCAUGACACCAGACCUUGUGUUCCCCCCACCCAGCAACCCUCCCCCAGAAGGCAUCACACAAAAUACUUUGGAGAAUCUCCUUUAUAGCUUUUAUAUAUAUACAUAUAUAUAUUAGGCCAAAGUUUCCUUUCCUUAGUUAGGCUGACGUGUAUCCACAGUCCAGUGUUCUGAGUGUUCCACAGAACAUUCCAUUUCGUAACACCACCAACAGGAUUUCUUUUUAACAUAUUGUCAAGAAAAGCAACAGAAUGUUAGAAGUAUUUAUUGCCCGCAACAUGCCAUUUUUAGUGACAUUUGUUGUUCAGUGUACACACACACACACACACACACACACACACACACACACACACACACACACA